UUUGGGUUUGACAUUCGGCUUAAACUCUUCGCUGAAGUCACUGGGGUGUUGUUAAAUUUGUGCCAUAUUAUGUGUAGACCAGGAAAACAUAACCUUUAAGUAUUAAUAAUUCUUCAUUCGUUGAAAUAAAAUAGAAUCAGAGAUAUGACGAGUGUUGCCGGCUUGUUGAUUUUAGCAGCUGCUUUUUUGUUUACUAACGCUGAGUCUGUUAAAGAUGAUGUUCUCGUCUUCACUGUUGCAACUGAACAAACAGAUGGUUUUCAGAGGUACAAGCUUUCUGCUGAAGAAUUCGGGAUAACACCAAUAGCCCUUGGCUUUGGUCAAGAAUGGAAGGGCGGUGACAUGAAGGGACCUGGAGGUGCAUGGAAAAUAAACCUCUUAAAAAAUGCCCUUCAGGAACACAAGUCACAGAAUAAAAUAGCCCUUUUCACAGACGCAUACGACGUUAUUUUCCUCAGAAAUUUGGAAGAUAUCGUUGAGAAAUUCAAAGAGAUUGGAGCUAAGGUGCUUUUUAGUGCUGAAGCUUUUGUCUGGCCGGAUGUCAAAUUGACAGAUAAAUAUCCAGUUGUGAAGGAAGGUAAGAGGUUCUUGAAUUCUGGCAUGUAUGUUGGAUACGUCGAUCAACUUCUGGAGCUCUUGGAAAAGGAGAAUUUGGAAGAUGAAGAUGAUGAUCAGUUGUUCUUCACCAAGGCUUACUUGGACGAGGAAUUUAGGGAGAAGAUUGGGAUGAAGCUGGACCAUAAGAGCGAAAUCUUCAUGAACUUGCAUGGCGCAGAAAAUGAAGUCGAAAUCGUCGAGAAAGAAUCCAAGGAGAACCCAAAAUACAAGCUCAAAAACGUCAUAACCCACACUGAACCCAUGCUAGUCCACGGAAAUGGACCCUCCAAAAAAACAGCCUUGAACUACAUAGGGAACUAUCUUCCUAACGGUUGGAACCCCGAAGAUGGCUGCGUAUCCUGCAAAGUUGGGCAGUUCGAGCUGUCCACAAAGGAAGAAGAACUGCCUAAGGUCCUGCUGGCUCUGUUCAUCGAGUACCCAACGCCCUUCUUGGAGGAGCAGUUGCUGAAAGUUGCCAGCUUGCAAUAUCCCAAAUCGAGAAUCCAUCUGUUCGUGCACAAUGCGGCUAAAUAUCACAUUGACCAUGUCGAAACCUUCCUGGAAGCUUACACUGAUCAAUACCUUAGUGUCAAAAAAAUAAUUCCUGAUGAUGCAACAACAGAAUGGGCUGCAAGAAACCUUGCAUUGGACCAAUGUUUGGCAAAAGAAUGCGACUACCUCUUCGUGGUGGACUCGAUCGCCAAUCUGAACAAUCCACACACCCUGAAACUUUUGAUCGAACAGAACAGGACCGUCAUAGCACCUAUAAUGGUCAGACCUAACAAGGUUUGGAGUAAUUUCUGGGGAGAGCUCACCAAAGAUGGUUUUUACGCCAGGUCGAACGAUUACAUGGAUAUCGUCCACAACGAAAAGAGAGGACUAUGGGUUGUACCCUUCAUAAACAGCGUUUACCUCAUCAACGCAAAGCUCCUGAAGAAAUACGACAGAAAUACCCUGAAAUACUCCAAAGAUAAACUGGACCCUGAUAUGGCCUUCUGUGCUCAACUAAGAGAACUUGGUGUUUUCAUGCACGCUACCAACAGAAUAGAUUUCGGUCAUUUGGUCAAUCCAGAAUCCUUCGACAUCACACGAACAGAACCUGAUAUGUACCAAAUCUUCGACAACCAAAGAGAUUGGGAAGCUAGAUACAUUCACCCUGACUACCCAGAAAAUUUCAACAUUGAAAAGAAGCCCCAGCAGCCUUGCCCAGACGUCUACUGGUUCCCAAUAGCAACAAAGAAGUUUUGCAAGAGCUUAAUCACCAUGAUGGAAGCCUUUGGCAAAUGGUCGGAAGGUAAGAAUGAAGACAACCGUUUAGAGGGAGGCUAUGAAGCUGUACCAACCAGAGACAUCCACAUGAGCCAAGUGGGUUGGGAUAGACAUUGGCUGUUCUUCCUGCAACAGUACGUUAGACCCUUACAAGAGCUGGUGUUUUUAGGAUACACCCACGAUCCUCCAAGGUCAUUGAUGAACUUCGUGGUGAGGUACAAGCCUGAUGAACAGCCUUCAUUGAGGCCUCAUCACGACAGUUCCACUUACACUAUCAACUUAGCAUUGAAUGAGGCUGAUGUAGAUUACGAAGGAGGUGGCUGUAGGUUCAUAAGGUAUAACUGUAGCGUCACCAAAACAAAGCCUGGAUGGUUGUUGAUGCACCCUGGAAGACUCACUCAUUAUCAUGAAGGUCUUCUGGUGACCAAAGGCAUAAGAUACAUUAUGAUAUCUUUUGUAGACCCAUAGACUCAUUGAUAGACUGAUUUGUUGAAGGAGGUCUUCGGUUCAAUUGUUGAAAGAAGAUAGCAAGGUUCUAAUUGUGGCCACUUUGUAGGCAGCAGCAGGAUUAAAUGUUUCUGAAGAUGUUAAAUGUUUCAUAACAUUACUGUUGUAGUAUCCAGUGGGUAAUCCAUUAUAGACGAUGUAAUGAUGGAGUACUUUUCAUGUUUUUCAGUUCCUUCCGUAUUUUAUUGUUAAUUUUUAAUAUUAGCUUUAAUUUUUUAAGUUCCCAGUUUUCUUUACGAUAACUAAUUCCGUGUUCAAAAUAAUGAAUGUUAGAUAAAUGUUCGUUCAUAUAUUUACUAAUGUGUUUAUUCUUGUUGAGAAUCGUAAUCAAGAGCUUAAAUAUCAAAUUUCUCUAUAUCUCGGAUAUAGAACGUGCUAUCUAGAUCAAAUAUGUUUUGUGAUGUGCAAUUUUAUAUUUUGACAGCAAAUAAUAUUUUUGUAAAUAUUGAUUAAAGUUUUAUUAUUCUA